CGAACCGGUUUUUAUGAGCUUUCUUCUGCAGGGGUAAACAAUUUAUCAAAUCUCAGCUUUGUCAGAUUAAUUUUCAAAUUAGCGAGCAUCCCAGUGAUUGCUGAUUUAUACACACAUCCAAGAAUUAUAAUGCACACUUUGACAAACUGUGUCUGGUCUGUUUUUCUUUUGGGACUACUGCGCUGCAGCGCCGAGAGAAGCCUAGAUGGUGGAAUCCAAAACGACAAUGCUGGGAUGUUUACGCCGCUUCCAAAUUUCAACACAGAAGUGAUGACACGUGACCAGUGUGAGUUGCAGUUCACCGCCCACUGCGGAGUCCGUUUCAACGUCAGCGGCUCCCUCGCGUGUGCCCAGAACCAAGGACUGGCAAUCAACUGCAGCAGCGAAGCCACAAGCGAGGAAGUAAGGAAUCUGGCGAUAGCGCUAUCCAGACCGCCACUCAAGGCGGUCUUCAUCAGUCUGAAUGACGGACCCCAAGUCGCAUUCGAGAACGUGGCGCCGGUGCGCGAACAGACGGUGGUCUUCCAGCUGCACAACUGCCGAUCUCCGCGCGCCACGAAAAAGUUAGCCCAACUCCGCCUGCCGCAUUUACUGGAAUUCAGCGUCCAUCUCUGCCGCGCCCUGGACGUCAGACGAGCCGACUUCUGGCAGUCCGCCAAACUGCGACUUAUCCAGUUUGUCAAUACUACGCUGGAGCUCCUCGAAGGAGGCACUUUUGCCGAUUUGCCUGGAUUGCGACUGUUGUCGUUGGAGCGCGGAUUAUUCGAAAUCUUGAAGUACCCGGAAGACAUUCGGAGCUACAUAGUGAGACUGCAUUGCGGUUGUGAGUUUAAACAGUUCCGACGCUGGUUUAGCGCCAACGGACUGAUGCAGUAUGCGAACGAAGGGCAGAUUUACCGCAUCGAAUACGACUCGUGGCGCAACGAAGAUUUGGGAUUCGACGAUGUCUUCCUGCCUAUCGACUGUACCGAGGCACCACUUCCCAACAAAACUCUUGUAAUUCGGAGUGGUCUUUACUCGUUUUCGGUUAACGAGGACCUUUACAGCGAUCCCUUCCCAUCGCGCUGUGAAAAUCAAACCAAACCCGAUGACGAGUUCCUCCGUCUAUCGAGCCAGCCGAUGACCAACAAUGAGUGCGCCGUGCAACUGCUCAACCAGUGUUCGUCUUUGCAGAGGGAUUACAGUUGGUGCAUGGAGCACUGGCCACACGACCCAUUCGUGGAUGUCGACUGCACUGACGAUGAACGGGUGCGCGAGAUACGCGAGGUGGCCAAGGCGCUGGCACAUCAGCCGCCGCGACCGACAUUCUGGGCAUUUUACGGGGAUCUUCCCGUUGUGGCAUCCGACAUAGCUCCGAUUCGGCGGACCAUCGUGUUUUUUGAAUUAUUCAACUGCAUCAGCCGGCGUUCGACGGCGAUACCUGGGGAUUUUGGUUUGACCAGUCUGCUGCACUUCAUUUUCUGGCAGUGCACCGAUCUUGACGUGCAGCGAGAUGAUUUUAAACGCCUAAAGUUUCUGCGCACAAUGACGUUUGUCAACACCACGAUUCGUAGUCUGCACGGCGAUGCUUUCAGUGAUUUGUUGGAACCGAGCUUGUUGAGUCUGGAAGCCUAUGAGUAUCACCCAUUCGGUUCUAAACGGGCAGAGGACUUUGACCCGCUUUAUCGCGAGUAUUUGAGGCGACUGCAUUGCGGCUGCGAUUUCGCUGGGUUCCGCCAAUGGUGGACGAACAACACUCUGCUUCUGCACGCGAGCGAUAUCGGAUGGGCGGAAGUGUACGCUUUCCGCGGUUUUGCCACCAGCUUUCCGCUGUCUCGUCGAGACAUUUAUCUGCCGAUUGACUGUGCCUUACCAAUUCCGCGCAGUGUCUAUGACAUUAAUUACAAUGAAACCGCUUUUUCACGACACGCAGAACCAUGUGAGGCACAGUAAUGAAUGCGGCCAUUUAUUGCGAGGAUUUUCCAGCCGAUUAUUUGAUUUAUUUCCAAAUUUUCCGCUGCUCAUGUCAAACUGAGCAGACCAUUUUAAUUAUUUUUGCAGUUAUUACUGUCAUUGACUGAAGUAUGAACUCUGAAAUGUGGAAUCCAGCACUAUCCAGGGCACACCGACAAUUUAUUUGUUGACCGCUAUCCUGCUAAGCGACAACUUGAUGACGACUUCUUCAUGAACGACAAAUUGUUUACCCGACAGUUUGUUGAAACGACAACUUGAUGAUCAACUCGUAGCUAAAGAAAGUUUGCUGACCCACGACAA